AUGGCCUUUCACCAAACACCGCUGCACUAUGCGGUGAUUGAAGGAAAUGAGGCAGCCGCGUACUCGCUCGUCGCCUGCGGGGCGGACGUGCACGCCGUCGACCACGAGCACGACACCAUGCUGCACUGGGCGGCGAGUCGCGGCCACCUGAACCUGAUUCGCUUCUUCAUCAGCCAGGGUCUGGAUGUGAACGCUGCGGACAUGUAUGGACAGACCCCUCUCCACGCCGCGAGCAUCAACGGCGAUGCUGCGUGUGUGCAGCUGCUUGUUGACCGCGGCGCAGACGUGAGCGUGCGCGACUCCAACGGAUACACGGCAUACGACCUGGCCAAACGCGAGCCGAAGAAGAGGGAGGGCGCCCUGCUCUUCUUCCGCGUGCGCGAGCAGCAGGCCAAGCUGCGCGGGUUUGCCUGGCUGCUGCGUCGCAUGUUCUUCACAAAGGACGGCGAGAGCCAGGUGUGGCAGCGCUUCGUGCUGCUCGCCUUUGUCUGCAGCAACUACAUCUACUUUGGAUGGGUGCACCCUUUCCUGCCUCCCCUCCACGCCCUGCUCUUCCUCUCCGUGCAGGUUGCCAUGUGGGGUCUGUGGAUGUGGGUUGCUCGCCGUGAUCCAGGCACGUUUCGCCCGACUGCAUCGCGCGUACAGCAGUACGAGGCCGCCCUUCGCAACUUUGCCUCGCCAAACAUCACCAGCGAGGAAGCAGAGCAGGUUGCGUCACGGUUCUGCCACACGUGCCGCGUUGUUCGGCCACCGCGGGUGCACCACAGCAGCGUCAGCAACUCGUGUAUUGUCGACUACGACCACGCGUGCGAUUUCAUGGGACACGUCAUUGCCAUCAACAACCGCCGCCAGUUUAUGCUCACCAUCUUCAUGCUCGCGCUCCUCACCUCCUUCAUCGCCGUCAAGGUGUAUCUGCUGCAGCCCGCGUUCCCGCGAACCGUCGCCUUUUGGGUUUCGUAUCUUGUCCUCCUUGCCUCCGCCUCCUUCUGCAUCCAGCUCGUCGGCUCACACGCCCUGUACGUCUCUCGCGGCCUCACCCUUGCCGAGGCCGUCAAGCGCAAGUUUCCCGAUGGUUCACCCUACAAUCGCGGGCUCUUGCGCAACUGGGCGCACUUCUGUGGCACCACGCCCACGCCCGCUCCACACAAGCCUCCAUCGCAUGUCUAGCUCUGCAUGUGUGCGUGUGUGUGUGUGUGUGUAUUUGUGCGCUUCACUGUUUGUUCUUUCGUGCCUUCCCUCCUCUCCUCUCUGCGUGUUUGCUCCCACGUGUCCAUACGCGGCUCCUCAUCACUCGCUCGCUUGACUUGUACAUACUUGAAUAGAUGGUCAUAACCUC